AUGCAGCGGACUCGAAUCUACAAGGAUCCGAACUGCUGGUACUUGCUUUGUGCAGCUGUCUGGCUCUGUGCACUUUCCCCCGCCGAGUUUAUCUGUCUGGGAGUCCAACAGAAUAUAUCCAACAAUCACCAGCUGUACGCGAAGGAUCCCAUUUACCCGAACCUUGGCGCAAUGGAAUGGACGUCAGGUGCCGACAAACAGUUCGUUGGCCUCGAGGCUCCUCGAGGCCGGCGCACUUGCUAUGAAGAGUGUAGAGAAAAGAAGUUCCGCGUGAUAUUGGAUAUCAUGCAAGCGGUUGCGCCCCGAACGUACUAUACCAUCUUAAGGCAUACCCCGGAUACGAUUGUGGAAACCAACGCUCGCCCGCCUCUUUGCGGCCUAUUAAACCCGAUGGCUUUUAGUGUGAUUUUCUAUAUCGUUCCUGAUCGUGAGUCAUACCGUCGCGAUACCACUCCUAAGGCUUCCUGGAGGUCGCGUUCAUUCUUUUUGAAUGUGCGACAACAGGGGUCAAUUGCCCCAUUGGAAGUCGCCGAUCACCCUGUGGUUCAUUCGAGAUCUUGCUGAGGCUAGGAAAGAUUUGAUGACGUGGUCGAGAAGAGCAAGCCUGAGUGACACGUGAUAUGAUAUCCGACGCGAUCAUGAAGGAAGCUAUGACUUGAGAAUGAUAGGCUUUUGCUGUAUCGUCCGGAACUUGUCAUUGGACCUUGUGGAAUAAAACAUGCGGUGACUUGGCGGGACUACUGCAUUGUCUUCUGCAUCGGAAUGCG